AUGAAAAUAUUGCACACAUCCUUCUCUAGAUUGGCUGGAUUCACUCAUGGCUCCGGCGACAAUCCGUAUGUCGCACGGCACAUAACCCCUAGCCAACCAUCAUCCGAAGCCGAGAAGACUCUGCUCCCUUUAAUUUGCCUUAUCGAAUACGUAUGUGGUAAUUUCUGUUACCCCAAAAUGAUGGAAGCAAAUAAAAUGGAUGGCUUAGUUGGCGAAACAAGGACGUUGCCGGCAUCUUCCCCCUCCCAAUGUCCGCUGUUCUCUCCACCAAACUCCUGCACAUCACCACCAACGCCCCCAACAGCGGCAAUUCCUCUAUCCUGGUUCUCACACUUCUCUUGGGCGGCCCGUUCCAUCGCGCUGACGGGGGUGCUCGAACGCCUGCAGACUGGGCGGGUUCGCCUCCUGCACCUUCCUCUCGCCAUGCGCACGAAGGGGCAUCUUAUUCUGGACGACCGCGAUAUGUCAGGAUCUGUAGGGAAACGAAUUGGUGAGAGCAGUUUUCCAACAUACGUUGUGCUUCUUCUUCGAUCUGAUGUUAUUGGAGAUGUGGCCAAAGGCGGUGUGGUGAUGCAGCAGUUUGGUAGUACUGCCAUUGGACGCGAACGCGCGACGGCGAACUGCUUGGAAAGGCCCUAA